GGGACUAAUAGUAGAAUUUUAUCAAAGUAUUACAACCCGUCUUCACCGAAAGUAUCACUACCUAACCAAAAAGAACUCCCAAUUUCUCUCUCAAAUCCCAAUCUUUUCUUUCAGUUUAAAACAAAACCCAUUGAUUGAUUAAGAAAGAAGCGAUCUUUCUUCGGAAAUGGCGAACGUGGUUGAUGCGGCGGGUGAACCGAUCCCGACAUCGUCGGUUCUAAUGGCGGCCGCUAAGCACAUCGAAAUUAAUUGCAUGUCCGAAAACGUGGAGUUCCUUAAGUGUAAGAAGAAGGAUCCGAACCCUGAGAAAUGUCUCGAUAAGGGCCGCCAAGCUACUCGUUGUGCCCUUGGACUGCUAAAAGAGCUUUACCAGAGAUGCAAAGACCCGAUGGAAGGAUACGUAGGCUGCAUGUAUUACCAUACAAACGAGUUUGAUUUAUGUCGCAAACAGCAACAAGCAUUUGAGAAAGCUUGUCCUUUGGAGUGAGUGAUAUUUUGGCAAUGGCAACGAACAUUAUUUGAGAUUUCCAUGCUUGAGAAAUAAAAUUUUUAAAAUGAAAAGGACGGGUUUUGCAUUUGAGCAAAAAACUUGUUGCAGUACAAUUGUAUCCUGAUUUCCAUUGUGAUAAGCAGCAAUGUCUUUUUUUAAGCUAAAA